AUGGACGAGAGAGCCCGCAUCCCCGUUACUCUCCCAGUCCCAAACCCAACGCCCAGCUACUGGCACUCACCUCCCUCCCGUCUCUCCACCUACACGUCCGGUCCAUCACCGCCCGCCCGGACUGAUACCCUGAUCAUAGGAAGUGGCAUCACCGGCGCAGCCAUAGCAAACUUCCUCCUUUCCUCCGACAAUACGUCACCAUCGCCCCCAGACAUCACCUUGCUGGAGGCCCGCACCCUCACCUCUGGUGCAACAGGUCGCAACGGCGGCCACACAAAAGCCGCAUCCUACCGAUCAUUCGUUCAUCACGCAAAUACUCUCGGGACAGAAGCCGCUUGCCUCAUUGCGCGACUCGAACUCGCAAACAUUCGAGCUGUUCACGCCUUUGCCGCGUCACAUCUCAAAUACAAGGAGACAGAGAGCAGACCUUGCCAGACUGUUGACGCAAUAUACGACGCAGCGCAGUGGGAGGCUGCCAAGGAGGCCGUAGUGGCCAUGAGGGAAGCGAUGCCCGACGACGAUGCAUCAAAGUACGAACUCUUUGGUGUCGAGGAGAUGCAGAGGCGGUUUCACGUCGCAAGAGAGGGAUUAUGCGGAGGCAUCGGAUACGAAGCUGGAAGCAUCUCCGGGUACCGCUUCACCACCGGCGUGCUAGAGUUAUGUGUCAAUAAAGGCAUGAAACUCUUCACAGAGACACCCGCUCUGAGUGUCAAGAAAGUCCAACAAGGGGUCUCCGAGGACUCCGAGGGCUCCGAGGGCGCCUACCGCUGGAUAAUCGAGACACCCAAAGGACAGAUCAGGGCCCGCCGAGUCGUGCUAGCAACAAACGGCUACACGGCAUUCCUGCACCGGCGCUUCCAGGAGGUCAUCGUGCCGAUGAGAGGCCAGAUCACAGCCCAUCGCCCGGGAUCGAACAUACCCGAGACAGGCCUCGCGACGACGUACAGCUUUAUCUACGAGGCCGGCUACGAGUACAUGAUCCCCAAGCCGGCAGGCACGCAGUUUGCCGGCGACAUCGUCAUCGGCGGCGGGCUGGUCCGCGCCCACGACGCAGGGCUGGGCGAGUACGGGACGACGGAUGACUCGCGGCUGAAUCCCGUCAUCAGCUCGUACCUGCGCGAGACGACGCCGCGCUAUUUCGGCGAGGAUUGGGGGGACGAUGACCCCGAGGGCAGGGUGCGCGCCGAGUGGACGGGCAUCAUGGGCUUCAGCCCCGACGGCUUCCCAUUCGUGGGUGAGGUGCCGGGCGAGGACGGGCUGUGGGUUUGCGCGAGUUUUCAGGGGCACGGCAUGGUGUUUUGCUGGAUGUGUGCGAAGGCGCUGGCCGUCAUGCUCGAAGGCAGCGACGAGGAGGAUGAGGUGAAGAGGGCGGAAGAGACGGAGAAGCAGCUUGGCAGCUGGUUUCCCGACGCAUUCAGGAUCACAUCUGCACGCCUGGCUCAAAGAUUUACAGGGAGAGUGAAUCACUCGACGGCUGGAUCCGCUAAUCAGGCGCAGAACUAG